UGUGAGUCUGAAUCUGGAGAAAACAGUAAUCCUGUCAACAUCACAGUGAAUGAAAGACCAAAAGCUGUGGUGUCCAUACAGCCUGAUACACAUGUGUACAUAGGAGAAUACAUUACUCUCGGAUGUGACAUACAGGAAAGAGGAAACACUGAAUGGACAUACAGCUGGUAUAAGAACAAUGACAUGUAUGGAGUUAACCCAUACAUAGGUAAAUAUAGCUGGUCUGUUAUUUCCUCUGACAGUGGUGACUACACCUGCAGAGGACGGAGCAAUGAUUCUCGGAUCUCAGAGACCAGUGAAGCUCUUACACUGACUGUAUCAGAGAGACCAGAGGCAGUACUGAGUGUAUCUCCACAGAGCUGGCUGACUGAAGGAGACUCAGUGACUCUAAACUGUGGGGUUACAGACUCCUCUACAGACUGGACAUUCAGCUGGUACACAGUUAAUCCCAACAGUCGGAUAAGAGACAGUCAUGGUGAUUAUGUGUAUGGAGACUCCUACACUAUCAGUUCUGUUGCUCAUAAUCACACAGGAGUUUACUGGUGCAAAGCAAGGAGAGGCGACUUAGAUUUAAUAUUUUCAUCUAAUCUACAGGCGCUGUGGAUCACUGGUGAAUCUCCUCCAGUCUCUCUGACCAUCAAUCCCAGCAGAACUCAACACUUUACUAAUGACUCUCUUUUACUGAGCUGUGAGGACCAGAGUCACUCUACUGGAUGGACAGUGAGACGAUACACACACAGUGAGGGAGUGUUAGCUUGUUCAUGGUGGGGAUCAGUUACAGGAUCUACAUGUAAUAUCAUCUCCCUCUCCACAUCCUACACUGGAGUUUACUGGUGUGAGUCUAAAUCUGGAGAAAACAGUGAUCCUGUCAACAUCACAGUGCAUGAUGGUGAUGUGAUCCUGGAGAGUCCUGUCCAUCCUUUAUCUAAGGGACAUCCUCUGACUCUACGCUGUUUAGAUCGCAACACAAAUUCCUUAAUCCUCCGAUCUGAUUUUUAUAAAGAUGGAUCUGUUCUUCAGACACAGACUACAGGAGAGAUGAUCAUCCAUAAUGUCUCAAAGUCAGACGAAGGUCUCUACCACUGUAGACACUCAGAGAGAGAAGAGUCAGAGAAAAGCUGGGUCUCAGUCAGAGGUGUAGAAGCUCCAUUCUCAGUGCUCAUGCUGAUCUGUAGUGUAGUGACGGCGUCUCCGUAUCUGCUGGUCACCAUCAUUCUACUGAUCAAACGUUACAGAGCUCGAGUUCACACUGAUGGAGGCAGAAUCGAGAAUGCAGUCAUAGAGGAGUGAGAGAAGUUCAUCUAUAAAAAAGGAUGUGUUUAUUGUAGAACUCAUUUCAUAUUUUUUGUGUGUUUAGUAUUAGAUUUCUUUAGUAAGAUUUUAAAUGUAAUCAACUUGUCAUUAACAUCAUGCUGUUAGUGGCUCAGCAUUCUAACUAGUAAAUAUACAUGAUCAUUAAAAUAAAAGGCUGUUGUCAGGGAAAUGUUUGAGACUGUACAAAUUUAGACUCAAAAUAAUCCCUGAAGUGUGUGAAUUAAAUGUGUCUGCUAAUGUAGAUGUGGAAGUUUAAUCCCAACAUGGUGACCUGCACAUUUAAACCACGUUACAUCACUAAUAAAUGUUGUGGUCUUUUCUGUAGAGAGAUGUGUUGUGUCAGUGUGUAGUGGGAUGACCUUUAAGUUUGUGUUUUAUAUUUAGUUUGACUUUUUUUGAGCUGUGUGAACUUUUGUUGUAGAUGUGGGAGGAGAUUUGUGGUUGGAAUAUUUUGAUCAAAUAAACCUUAAAUAACUGCUUCAGUACCAAUAAAGAACAAUGUGCA